CUACCACCAUCUUGCACCCACUUCUCACUACUCUUACACAAGAGAAACGACCCGACGGCGAGAGACAAAACGUUCGUCUGAGUAGCUACUAUCCUCUGUCUCUAUCUCUUUUUCCCUUUUUCCGAGUCCAGAAUCGAGAGCGUCGCAUCGCACCACCACAUCAACAAACGCAAGAUGGCCGUCAACUUCCAGGAGGUCGCGACCCAGUUCGUGCCAUUCUACUACAACACCUUUGAUGGCAACCGCGAGGGUUUGGCAUCGCUGUACCGUGAUAACAGCAUGCUUACCUAUGAGUCCACAUCGGUGGUUGGUGUUGCUGCCAUCGUCGAGAAGCUGAAGAACCUGCCCUUUCAGAGCGUGAAGCACGAAACCCACACCAUCGACCCCAUGCCUGGCCUCGGGGAUAACGGUGUCCUGAUCCAGGUCACCGGUGCCAUCGUUGUUGACGGCGACUUGGAGAAGCCCUUCAAGUUCGCGCAGACUUUCCACCUGAUGCAGGAGCCCAGCAGCGGCAGCUUCUACGUCUCUCACGACAUCUUCAAGCUGAUCUUCUAAAUAUCUGCACCUUAUGAUCUGUCCGUAGCAGGAGGAAGAGGAGGAGGGGAAUGAUAUGAAUAGUUGGGUGGGAGGAGGGAGACAUGGUAGCUGGCCGGAUAAGAGAGAACGCCGGGUCGAGGCUGGUCAAGCAAGUAGUCGGCAGGUGUGUGAGCGACGAUUUGCGAGGACAAGAAAUCAUCUUCGACGGAUGGAAGGGGCAUGUUCGACCUAAUUCUUCAAGAUGCGUGAUAACAACGGGAGUACGCGUGGUCAAGAACAACCCCGCUUAUGCUUUUUUCUUUCUCUUGUUCUUUUUAUCUUUUUACAUUUCGAUCCUACUACUUGCGUCCUGCGAGUGGAGGUCCCUAGCUGGCAGCCGGAUCAUUUCCCAGAACCGUCGGCCCAGAGCGCAGUCACCUUGUUGGAAAUCGCGUGGCCAGUUCGGAUGUAGAGACGACCAAUAUCAAUUAGGAGAGUCUGACUCUGUGAGUGUUCUGUUCUGGCCUGUAGGAAUAUUAAUCCGAAUUCAACUGG